AUGCCUAGAAAGAAGUCCGCCGCCAAGAGAGCUAGAGAAGCUGAAGUGAAGGAGAAACAGCCACCACAGGAAGUGGAAAAACCCCAAGAUGAGCCGGUAGAUGAUGCUCAGGAAUCUGAAAACGAAUCAUCUUCAAGUGAGGAAGAGGACGAAUACGGUGAAUUAGUUACCGAAGAUGUGGAAGAAGGUAUAAAUAAAGUUUUGUCGGCACUGAGAAGUGGUAAUACGCAAGAGUUAUUGAACCCGGAAGCAAAAUUCUUUGAGGAUCCAGAGAAAGCAGCUGAACUUGAUAGUAAUAGAGAGAAACAUAAGCCAAUUUACCUAAAGGAUUACCAUCGUAUGAACAUUUUAUCUGGACAUGCAUUAGAAGAUGACGAAAAUGAAAAUGCAAAUGAGAAUGGAACCGUAGAUGGGAAACAAUCUUAUGCCUCACAACAGAAUGAAGAGAAAUCCCAGCUUCUUAAAGAGAUUAAUGAAGCAUUUGAUGGAGAUGAAGAGGACAAAGAACAGGAAGAAGGUGAUGAUAUGUUAGUGAAGAAGGAACAUCAAGCUCCAGUAGCAGGGUUAAAAUUACCAGAUCCUGAAGAAAAUGGCGAAGAAUUUUUGAAGGCAUUCGAUUCUAAACAAGCAUGGAUUCCUCAUAAGGGUGAUAAAUUCGGCACUAAUAUGGAGGAAGAUGAUGAAGCGUUCGACAAUGCAGUGGAGAAUUUUGAAAACGCUUAUAAUUUCCGUUUCGAAGAUCCAAACGCUGCUAAUAUUAUUUCAUAUGCACGUACUCAAGCAACCCUGAGAAGAUCAGAUACAACGGCACGUAGAAGAAAGAGAGAUGAAGUUAAGCUACAGAAGCAGCUUGAAAAGGAAGAGAAGGAGAAAGCUUUGCACAAGAGAAAGACUGAAAAAGUCCGUAAAUUGACAGAUGUCCUGGAACAACUGCAAAAGGAAUAUGGUAAGGAAAUAGAUCAAGAUCUUGUGAAGAAGAUUACGGAUACUCUGAUGAAUAGUGACUUCAAAGUUGAUGAAUGGGAUAGGGUGAUCGGCGAAUUAUUUGAUUCCGAAUUUUACUCUGGUGAAGGUAAACCAACGUGGGAUGAAGACGAUGAAAUAAUGGGAGAUUUCUAUAAGGAAAAGGAGGAAGAUGCAAAGGAACAAGAGGAAGAAGAAAGAAGUGGAAGAGAGGCACCAUCUGAUGUUGAAGAACCACCUAAGAAAAAGGCUAAGAAGGAGAAGCAAGAGAAGAAGAAGUCCAAGAAACAAUUACAUGAAGCUGUGGAAACUGCUGUUGACAACAACAAACUGUCACUUAUUGAUGAAGUGGAAGAGGAAAGAAAACCUAGGGCUCGUACGAAGGAGGAACAAGAUCUGAAGUUUAGAUAUCGAGAGGUAUCUCCAGAAUCUUUUGGUCUUACCUCCAGGGAUAUCUUUGCUGCUGACGAUUCUGAACUGAACAAAUAUAUCGGUUUGAAGAAAUUUGCUCCUUAUAGAGCUAAGGAAUUAAGGAACAAAGAUAAGAGGAAAGCGGCUAAACCUAGAAGAUUAAAGGAAUGGAGAAAAGAAGUUUUCCAUAACGAAGAAGGUCCCCUUCUCGAAUCAUCAGCACAAGGAGAGCAAUCUACUUCGCAGAAGAAGAGUAGCAAGAAGCAUAAACACAAGUAA